CCUGCGUCGAGCAGCGGUUUCGUUCGAAGGCCGAAGGAUUGUGUGGGACUAAUUCAGUGAUGCCUGUGUUGGCCUUCCAGUAAGCAUGCGAUUUAAGACAAUUUAUUUACUUUAGCGGUGAUACGAUAGUUUUCGAGUUAAAUAUUUAUAGAACAGAGCAGGAUUUCACAAUGGAGUUCUCUUGUGGAUAUUAUAAAUUGUACAUAUUUGUGUAUUCUAUUGGAUUUAUAUAUUCUCUAUUGGGUUACCAUCACUCGUGUGCUGGAUCAAGAAACGAUCGACGAUGUUCGUUUCCCGAAGAGUGGCGGGGCAUGUGGUACCAGAAUGGUCUAGGUUCAGUCAACCUCACACAGCACACGAUUACGAAGAAAGGAACGUGUUUUAUGAAUCAGGAUAACAGAUAUGUCGUCUAUGAUAGUAAUUUCGGAUGCUACCGAUGUUUAGUGAUAACGCCGCAGCACACGAAUGUAUUGCAGUAUAAAGAGAGCUUUUGUCUGGGCGAUUCCGAAAAGCCUGUGCCGCAUGAUCUAUGCGAUAGAAUCCUAAGAGAUUACAAUGUUCUCUACACAUUGAUAAGAGAGCCCAGUAAGCCGGUUCCUUGCCCUUUCCAUGGAUCGUUCUUCUUCUCCUACCAGAACAACUCGGUCCCUUGUAUAACUCCCUUUUCAUCGGUGGAUGAAUGCGCCAGCAAUACUCGGUUUAUGUUUCACUUUAAACAGUGUAAAAAUACAGAAUACUCACAAAAUUUAGAUCUUGACUUCCAUUGCCUUGCCACAUGGAAGAGUGGACAGAACUACAUGAUCGGUCACUUCCAGGGAAGAGGAUUGAGAAACAAUAAAAAUCUACAGUAUAGAUGUUUCAUGUAUGAAGCUAUAACCAACAAAGUAAUGAUGGCCAUGUCAGCAGAUGCUUCAUGUAUGGGACUGGUUGAACCAAGAGACGGACCGCUCACUAUGAAUCUAGAAAGGGAUGUCCAAAAAUUCGCAACGAUUGUCUACCAGUUCCCGGAAUGGUUUUGGCGGCGGGACACCAAAUGGCACGACCUGUCGGGAAAAUAUACAUAUCAUUUAGACAAAGAUAAACAGGUCAUUAGAAUAUCAUAUCAAGCAAAAUCUGGAGAUGAGAAAGAGGUGAUAGAAGCUAUAAGAUGUUACGAGAUUGAUCGGGUCACAACAACGGAACGGUUGUUCCAGGCUGUUAGUAUUACAUCAAAAGGAUGCAAUACCUCGUGUGCCUACACAGCGAAACUUGGAUAUCGGCCAAUACUGCAGGCGGAUGGUUGCUAUCGGCGUGAAACUAAAUUCCAGUGCAUCCGAAUACUUCAACGGAAUGACGAUAUUGCUGAAUUCCACCGUGGUAAAAUGGUGGACCAGCAGUCAAAAGCUUGUCUCGAAGACAACUUCAACUUUGGUGUUAAGCAGUUGCUCAUUCCAUCCAGAAUCCGAGGGUCCAAAUGUCCUUACGACGGACGCUAUAGUAUAGAUGUUGUUAAGGGAAGCCCAACAUGUACGAGUCGGAGUACAUUUAUCAGUGGAUGUGUCAAGUCACAGCAACUGCGAGUUGAGAUUACUUGCCCUUCAAUCUCAGCCGCCAAUUUAGUGUGUCUGAGUAAGUGGUCUCAGAAUACCACGACCUAUAUGAUAGCCAGACAGGCCGGAGGAGGAAAGCUCGCUAACUGCUUUAGUUUUAGACAACUAGCUGAUGAGCAGAUACAGUUUUCAUUGGACACGGCUUGUAACAUGGGUGCACCACUUUUGCUGAACCAGCAGGUGCAUUAUACUCUCAGGAAGGACCCAGGUAACUGCGACACCAAAGUGAUCAUUAAAGGGGGCAGCAUCAGUGAUAAAAGUACUCCCAAAGAAGUCAGAAAAACUGCCGGCAUGACGCAAGCUGCUUCUCGUUUACACGUUUCCAUAGUAACACUCUGUCUCCCUCUAUUACUGCUGAUCACAUCCAAACUGAGCUAGAUCAUAAUGUAAACUGCUAAAUUUUCGCGGCCGUCUUUUUUUCGGGGAAUUCGCAAAUUAUCCAGUUUCGUAAAAAUAACAUCGCGGAAGAACAUGUUUUUUUUUAAUUUGAAAACCGAACGAAAUUUUGACAUUUGUCAAAGUAGAAAUCAUAAUUUUUUUUUAAUUCGUAAAGAAUUUCGCGAAUCGAGAAAGCAAAGCGACACAAAAAUUAGGCGGUUUACAUAGUAGUAUUAGCCACUGUUACACCUAUGGAAAAUGACCAUUAUUCUGAUUUCACGGUGAUGUUAGUGUUUGGUAUAUAAAAAUUAUACUUUCAUGCAACAUGAGAAACUUUUUUUCUUCAUCAAAUGAAAUAAAAUUAUUAAAAUCGAGGGUUAAAACCACUUUUUGGCAACGAUUUAAUGGUGGUAUUUACAGACGUUGUUGAGAUGCUGACAACUAUUAAAGGUAGGCAGUUUUCAUAGGUGUAUGCAAUGCUAAAGCCGAGGCACUAGUUUGGUUGUGGCCAGGUUCACUGUGGACAACAAACGUACACUUGUUAUAUCACAGGCAAGAAGAGUCCAUUGAUAAGCUUCUUUGUAUCUUAGGGUGGUCAGUUCCACUCAGCCAGGAAAAUGUCCACCUGCAAUAAGGUUACACAGGUCGUCCUCGUGAAUACUGGUAUCGGGUGCCAUUUUGAAGAGGCCUCUUGGGGUGCCAUAUAUUGCAUGUACAUUGUAUUAUAAUUGGCUAUUAAUACUCAAUAAACAGUGUUAUAUCAAUUUCAUUGUAUGCACAGGUCGUCACAGUCAUUGGCUAAAGAUCUGUAAGCCACACCAGCGGGUAUUUCUAAUGUUUUGUUAGUCAAUGUUCCAGGGCGGUAUUGGAAACGGCGCUUUGCAGAUUGUGCAUGACAAGUCACAAUAAAGGCGGGACCAGGUCCCACUUAGUCCUACUGGUACCCUUUUGUGGACCUCCAAAAUGUAUGGUCCUACUUUUAUACUACAGACAGGAUAGGCUCCCGGUAUUCACGAGGACAUCCUGUAUCUUGGCCACAUUAGUAUGUGCACUUGCUACCCCUAAAUAACAAACAACAUAGUCAGUGGACUCGUCUUCCCUGUAACAAAUCACUUGUACCAUUGGCCACAGUGGUGCUUCUUUAGAAGGAGGAGGAAUUAAGUUUAGUUUCCUAUGGUGCUACAUAUAUAUCAAAAGGUUGAAUAUGGAGGGAAAUGGAGACACUACCCGGGUAUCCCGAAGCGGUAUCACAUCAGUACAAUAGUUCUAAACAUUUUUUGAUAAUAAACAAGGGUGUAUUUGGCUGUCAAACACUAUUGUAUGAUGUUACUAGUAUAUAGUGUAUCGACUUUAAUGUGACUAAUAAAGAAUAUGACUAAUACAUUGUUACGCUAAACACUGAGCGAUCUUUUCUGAUGCAACCUGCGAUUAUAAUUGCCGCUAUGGGACAAAGAAAUCUCUCAUCUACAUUGUAUACUGGUAAAACUGGUAAUCACUGGGUCUAACAUAUCUAAUUCUGAUCGAAGGUUGCUGUAUGUACCGGGAUUUUUAUCGCAAAUACCUGCGAUGAAAAAACGCGAACAAGCUAUUUUUAUUGCAUGCAACCAUGAUCGUAGGUCGCAGUGAUAGAAGUUGCUGAUUUGCGGUGCCGUACAUUUCCGGGGUCAAUUGUCAGUUUGACCAUAGAGUUAGUCUCAUGUGACAUCUGAUAAGCUACGAUUAUUAUUUUUGUCUCGAUCUAAUAUGAUUUGGGUUUGAGCAGCAGUCCUAAAGUUCAUGAAAUAGCGGGCACUCUUAGACUGGUGUACUACGUUGAGUACAGACCACGGUAGCCCUCGGUGACUGAAGCUGAUCCCCGGUGAUGUUGGUCAAAAGAACGUUGGGAAAGGCACGGAGGAGGUUCGUAACACCAAGAUUUUUCGUAAAGAUUAAUCUAUACUUGGUAACUGUACUGAAACGUGACAGACACACUUCCAGCAUUCUAAUCUCUAAUAUCAGCUGAGCAAUCUUGCAAAACAUCUGAAAACAUUUGAAAUCUUCAAAACCUUGUCCCCUCUCUGAAAUUAAGAUCUUAUUUGCAGAUUUUGUAAAGGAUGGUAUCGAUUGGAAUGAUCUUUUAAUAGACUACAGAGAGGAAGACCAGUGGCGAAUGUGGCGUUUCUUUUCAGUGCUGAGAGUAAUAUCGACCCUGAUUUACCUGAUAUAUGUAUCAGAUGUGAUAUUUGAAAGGUUCACCACUGUAAAAGGAAUUUCAGAUUUGGAGAGAAAUUUUACCCUAGCCUCACUUAAAUCAGAUGUUUUGAGAAGUUCUUUUUUGUGUACACGAUCCGUACAUGUAACUCGUGGUUGUUUGUGAAAUCAAUAUUGAUGCAGUAACUCUUAAACAAACACGUUUUGUGCAGAUUUCAGAGCCAGUUCUCCUCUAUUCGAGGCUUUCUUCCCCGGGCUUUCUUCAAAUUUUGAAUGGCUUUGCACAUGCUGAUAUAUUUUAUAUUCGUGAAGCACAAAAACUAUUUUAUUGUGGCUGCUUCUUCAAAUAUAUUUUUACCCUUGACCCAAUAAGUUCCUUGUGUCUACUCCUAGUGUCAUAACAUUCUGAUCAUUGUGUAUACUUUCAGCCAUUUCGCUCCAUACACAGCUAAAUGUUUUCCAUUUGUAUAUGAAACCCUUGUCAGAUUCGCUAGACUCCCACCGCAUUCCGCAAAUCAUAUAGUCUUUUGUACAUUCCAAAUGGUCUAGUCUUUGUACAUACUGGUGAGAGUUGGCAGUCUGACAAUGUUGUAAGUAUUCUUUAGUAAAUGUAGAAUAAAGAUGUGGCAUGUACCAUGUGUCUCCAAAGAACUCCACACUAUUGUGUAUGUAUUACCUUCGAAAAUGUCUUUGGUCCUAAGGACUGUAUUGUCUUCAAGAUAAGACAUCGGUCGCAACUGGGCUUUGUAGUAAAGAUGACAACCUUAAUUAUCUAAUUGAUGUUUUCUCCCCUGAAAAUAAUGCUCUGUCAUUUGUGUAUAUAAUUAUCAUUGAUAUUGUAUCUUGCCGACAUAGUGAACCUGAAGUGUGUUUUAGUUCUCUCUUCAUUGUGUUAACGUGAUAAAUUUGCCAUGAACUUAGCAAAAAUCACUUAGCUGGUAAAAAGAGUUUUAGAUGGAAAACGCUCCAUUCAUAAAAAGAUAACCGAAUUAAAAACUCAAUGGUUUUAUCUUCACCCUCUCAUGCCAGCGAAAUACAGGUCGUCCUCGUGAAUACCGGUAUCGGGUGCCAUUUUGAAGAGGCCUCUUGGGGUGCCAUAUAUUGCAUGCAUUAAAAUUGGCUAUUUAUACUCCAUGGACAGUGUUAUUCAAAUGUUAUUGUAUGCACAGGUCGUCACAGUCAUUGGCUAAAGAUCUGAAAGCCACAUGAGCGGGGAUUUCUAAUGUUUUGUUAUUCAAUAAAGGCGGGACCAGGGCCUAUACUUAGUCCUACUGGUACCCUUUUGUGGACCUCCGAAAUGUAUGGUCCUACCAUUAUAGUACAGAAAGGAUAGGCUACCGGUAUUCACCAGGACAUCCCGUAGUUUCCCUAAUAGCAUCCCGCGAAGUUACUAUUUAUAGCUCACAAGGUCAUUUGCAUAAGAUAUUGAUGACGUUUUAGUCACGUGACAGUCGGACAUCGACACUUAUUUCUACGCAUUUGAGCUUAUUUCAAAGUCAAUUAUCUUUGACCCUGCAUUGUUUUUAGCAUGAAUAAUACCAUAGAGUCAGAGAGAGAUAUAUUCAGAACAAUUAUGUAGUAUUUCCAACACUCGGACAUGUGCCAGAUUGAAUCUAACAGCCCUCGUUAGAAAGCCUGAAGCCAUUACGAAACCGCAUGUUUGUCCGACAUUGCCUUUAAUUCAGCGUUGGGGAAAUAGAGAGCAGCAGCUGCAGUGACGUCAUCUUCGCGGAAUGCUAUUACAAUAUGGUCCAUAAGGCCUGUUUUUACAUUCGAAAUUAUAAGGGUUCGUAGCGGUGUAACGUAAGCGUAUGUUAUCAUUAUAUCUUAGUGUUUCAUUGCAAUACUAUACAAUACUAAUGUUAAUUUUGAUGAAUCGAGUGUUUACCAUCUAAACUGUGUCACCUUAUAACGAAACCCGCCUAUUUAUAACCAAACAUUAAAAUAAUCGAAAAUUAAAAUGCCGAAAGGAACGCUUUUUUAAAUUCCUGUGUCAUUGUUGAUCAUUUGCUAAGAAUUGCAUAAUAUAGUGUUGUACAAAUAAUGUAAUAAAAUAAAACUGUGUAUUUAAUAUGAUUUUUGUGUAAAAAAGUCGGUCACCCAUAAUGUAGUGUACAUACAUGUUUAUAUCAAAAAAAGGCCGAGGUUUGUCCUAUCGCCGACAUAAGUACUAUUGUAUGAGUCUAUAGAAAUGUCGGAAAGGUAUAUGUAGUAAAAGGUUAGUUGGAAAGAUUUUACCAAUUAGACAAAAAUAAGGGAUUUUGUUACUAAUUGGUGCUUUUACAAUUUAUGUAAAUAGCUUUCUUCCAGUAUGGUUGCACACACAUCAGACGCAUGCAUGUACUUAUUGUGUUAUUUUGUUCUCAUAUUUCUAUGGCAGAGAUAUUGGGGGGUAAAAUAAUCAGAGUAAAUAUCAAUUUGACAGGGACUUAAAGGCCUACGGUAUGCCGUUGGGUGUGUAGACGUGGACACAUACCAUAUAUACUAAGUUUCAGCUAAUUCACACGCAUACACUGUAAUAACUGCAGUAGCACCUGAACUGAAGUCAGAUAAAAGGUUUUGGGAUCGACCGGGUUUAAAGUGUGUAUAACUCCUAACGGCUCAACUAAGUGACUAGCUUGGUGUAACAAGUCAUUGACAGUACUGUAAACCGACAAUUUUCACAACUCUAUUUUUCCGAUUUGCAAACAUUUCUGAAGAUAAAUUUUUUAGAUCACAAAAUUUUUAAAUCGUACUUUCGAGUGUUCAAAUAAAAAAUAUAUUUUUUGCGAUUUAUUUGCAAAUAAAGGUUCGUUGCGAAAUGCGCAAAAAGGCUACGAAAAUUUGUCAGUCUACAGUAAUGUCUUAUGAAAACGUAGGUAUCAAAUGUUUCGAGUAAGCGUUUGCAAGUAAUGUGUAUCUUGUAAUAAACGCCUCGUAAUUUCGAUAUCGACACCUCGUACACAACGAAAAUAACAAAAUAUUUCGAAAUAUUCAUGAUCGCUGCAAUUAAAUGUAUCUGGAAGGAUGACACGGAUUCACUCAUUCAUUCAUUCAUACAUCAAGGAAAAUGUGAUGAUGCUUGAUUCUCGUUACGGGUGGGCAUAAGAUAUAGAUUGCUACUCGCAUAAGCCAUAGGCCAGAAGAGGGAACAAUUAUGACCUGCUCAGUAUUUUCACUUUUAGCGAUUUAUGUUUCUUUGUGUUCUUAACAACAGUCAUAGGCCUACAGUUGAACCAUGUAAAUUUGCUAAAUUUCAAUGCAUAUGGAAAUCGAACAUUUAAUUUUAUUGUACCCAUCGUAAAGCAUCAAAAAUAAGCUAGUACCUUGCUGCUACUAUGGAUGUAAGUAGUUGCGUAUGCCUAUGAAGAUUUUUAACGUUACACGAAAACGAGUAUUCAUGAAAAGGAAAGUAGCGAAUUAUAUUCAAUAAAAAAUAAGCAAACUAUUUUAUGCUACAACUCUGAUAAAAUCUGUCUUCAUAUGGUUAUUUGAUAUCCAGAAUGGAGAGUUUCUCCAAGAGCUGUGUAUCUAUCGUAGUUGGAUUAUCUGAUAUAAACCCCCAAAAGUGUUUGGCUACCUCCUGUAAAACAACAUGGUAAACCCUUAAAGACAAUUAUACAGUCAGAGUGCUUCUUAAACUCCUCUGUUUGGGAAACUGAUGUUGUGAUUUUAAACAUCAGCGUAAAAAGCAGCUUUAAGUACAGAAUUCUACCGCUAGGUUGUGACAUAAUUGGUUAUCUACGAAGUGAGUUUGGUCAGGGGCAUGAUCAUAUGUGUAUAAAUUUUGGUUUUGUGAACAAAUAGACUGUGCUCAUGUUGACAAAUGCAUACGCGAGAUGCGCCGAGCAAACCCGGUAGGAAUUCUGAUCACAAUCUGAACCCCUCUAUUGUCUAUGGUACUUUGUGUUGGUGGAUGUAUUUUCUCGGCCUACGUGGUGCUAAACAAAUUUGUGAAUUAGCAGUAAGUAUUACUACAAAAAAGGCAUAAUAGAUGUAGGAGUCAAAAUGAUGUUUAUUUAUCUCGCAUAAUAUUCUGAUGAUAGCCAUGGUCCGAUGAAUGUAUUUCGAGGGAGACUGUAGGCAGGUGCUGGGGUAAGCCCUUUCCCAGCGUUUGUCUUUAUUAAUCACUAAUUAACGCGGUAAAAAUCGACAGAUUGAUAAGCGAUGAGAAACUGCAUGUGAGUUUAGCGCCAUGGUGUGAAAGUAUUGGUACAUUGCACAGUCGAUCAUGGGUCUAGGUUGUGUUUGAUUUAUGUGAUAAUCAUAUCCCGUACAAUCGUAGUUCCGACGUACAUGUACCGAGGGAUAUUACAGACCUCUUUCGGCGGCAUUAUAUUUGACCUACCUUGGCGCCUGCCAUAGUUUUCCUUUAAGGUGCUUGGAAUUUCAGAACGUCUUUGCGACGAAAACGGAUUAAACUGUUAGUAACUUAAUACUCGCGCUGCAGCUUGGUUAGUGUUGCCAAAGUUUUUAACUAAAGUCCAUGCAUUUAUUCAUUCUUCGUUCUUUACGUUUCGGCCCUGGGGUGCAAACAGCUAGUCAAUUGUAGACAAAGCCGAUAGAAUCUCAUCGUAAAUUUGAGUGUCAGCCAUUUCAGCUAGAGGUAUAUAGGUAUACACAUGCGUGCGCUCAAGAGUCCACACCUUUGCUGACAAAUGAUAAAGAAUGGACUAUAAAGUAACUAAACCAUUGCAGACAAAGCCGAUAGAAUCUCAUCGUAAAUUUGAGUAUCAGCCAUUUCAGCUAGACGCAUGCAGUCCGCUAUCCGAUUUAAUCUUAUUCAUUUUCUUGUGAAGCAUCCAUUCUGCAUUAUUCUUGCACAGUUACCAUAGUUUCUUGAUAUGAAAUGUGUACGUUACUGCUGCCUUAUUUGAAUUAAACUUUGUAGAUAUUGUGCACAAAUUUGUCAUUUUGAAAUGAAACGAAUAAAAAGUUCAUCAUUUUGUAAA